CACUUAAGUUUUACAUGCUAUGUGCAGUCACUAACGCUAGCUCGAGGUCGCGUUAACUAUUUUCAGUUUCUUUUUGUAAAGCUGAAUGGCAUGUAGUACAUGAUAUUUUGAUCUGUUUGGAAAAUAUAAAGCAUCAGGAUUGUGAUAAAACUAGAAUUGUUCUUCAGUUUAAGUUAUAUAGAGAUGGCAGUUCCAGUUGUGAGGAAGACUAAGCUACAAAACGCAACAUUGAAGGCCCCGGGGAUCUCGUAUGACAUGUGUCACAUGAACGAACGACUAAUCAUAGUAAUACCUGGGAAUGGAGUCGCAAGGCUUUAUGAUGACAACCUUAAUCCUGCGGAAGUACGCUACGAAACAGGAGUCAAGUCACCAAUGAAAUACACGUUUAACGUACCUAAUUCACAACUGAAUUAUGUGGCCCAAAUAAGCAAUGGAAAAGUCAUAUUCGCGACUGACAACAAGAAAAAACUUUUGAUUGUGAAAAACGUACAGGAUGGCGCCAAUGCUGACGAGGGUAGAGUGGAGGUCACGCUAAACUUCCUGAAAGAUCCCAGAGGUUUAGCUGUGUUUCCAGGUGGAACAAUUGAUGACUUCAGGCUUGCUAUAUGUGACUGCGUGGAAAACUGUGUAUUUGUAAUACGUUUUGUAAAUGGUAUCUAUGAUGGUGGGGUUCCUAUGGUCAUUGGAAAGGGAGAGCUCGCUUCACCUAAUUAUGUUGCAGUUCAACAACUUGGAAAUGAAGUAAGGCUGGUUGUUACCGAUUUGAUGAGAAAAGCUCUAUUUGUUUUCCAUGAGCAAGGUGCCAUACGUAAUACGGUUUAUUCCUGUGAUGGAGUAGAUCUAGACCGACCUCAUGGUAUUUGUAUCGAUAGGGGUGGCAGCAUAAUAUUUGCAGAUAGUGGUAACAACCGCGUUGUUCAGCUGAAUCCAGAUUGUACCUUCAACCGUGUUCUGCUCAACAAAGACAACGCACCUGACAUGAACGAGCCCUGCGGCAUUAUGAUAAAGCAGGAGACAGGCGAAGUAAUGGUAGGUGAUGCAAAAUGUGAUAUUUUCACUGUUCAGUACAGAGAAGCAAAUGAAAAUCUAUAAGAACAUCAAGAAAGUAUUGAGACAAUUUGAGAACAAAUGCUCGUAUACGAGUGGUGAUACAAAAGUAAUGGACACACUUUUAUGUAAGACAUAUAAAUAUUAUUCACGGAUAGCUAGGCAUGAAAUAUAUCCUUGCUAAUCAGAACACAGUAUAGCCACCCAAGAUAAGUGCUUAGGUAGGCCAAAAUGUUGACCUUGCAAAAAAGGAUCCUGUGUUUAGUGGUCAAAAUCUUCAGCUCCUUAUGUUUGAAAAGAAUUAAAGCACAUGGCUAAAUGAAUUGUGGGUAACUUAAUGCACUCGUGUAAUCUAAUAUAAACACUCGUGUCUGCUUACAAGGAUGUUUAAUAGCUA